UGUGAUCAUCGGGUUGCUCCGACUGGUGAGCUAGAUUCCUCUACACGACCACGACCGGUCUAUGUGUUGGCACAAACUAUGGCACUGCGAUUGCGCAAGGAUGUUCAGAAGGCAUCCUACUACGUUUGGUUCCUCGGAGCACAGGAAGCAAAAGGGCUACGAGGAUCCCGAGUUCUGUUGCCGGUAAUUCCACGACUCAUCGAAAAAUCCAAGGAGCAUGAACCAUUGAAAGUUACACUGCAGGUGUCCCAUAAAGGGCUGAAAAUUAUUCAAGGCUCAGCCAAACACUUCAUCCCGCAUGGUGCUAUAACAUGUUCUGUGCAGACAGAAGAUAUUGUAGCGUGCAUACUACUGUUAUACAACCCGGCCACGAAAUGCCCAUUGCAUGUCCACGCGUAUCGAUGCGAUUCGGAAAUGACCGCACAGGCCCUGAACGAACAACUGCAGAUACUGAUCAAUAGACCCGAAAAUCAGAAAAGAUUCGCUGAGCUAGAAACUAGACUGGGCUUACCAGCGCAAUUAACAGCAUCGGUUGUGAGUGCGGGUCCGGAAAGAAAGCAGCAGCAUCAUCAGUCGCAGAUGUCGAGACGAUUUGACUCGCCGCGUCGGUUUGACUCAUCGCACGGAAGUGAUACCGGUACCAGUACCAGGGAAUCGGAAUGCAGUGAGGAGCAACAACACUCGCCGACAAGUCCAAUAUCGCCCAUCUCCAGCCAAUCUAAACUUUACGACUCAUUGGCGGCUGAGCUGCGAGAAAAACUGAGCGGAGGAGUUCCCUUGCUGCUGCCUACCCGGGAGUGCGAUAAGGCCAAUAACAACGAUCCGCGAAGAUGCCGCAACCCUUGCAUAGUUAGUUCUCUCCCAUCGGUCGGCAACAAACACGGUGUGUCUUCACGUGGAUCUUCCGGAAUUGGGUCGGACUUGGCACCAAGUCCAGAACGUCAGGAUACGCACAGCUCGAGUGAGGAAGAAUGGGUCAACGAUCAGGAGCCGCAAUUUGGGAUUCCAUCACAUCAGUCGCAAAAUAGGUCCAAGGAGCGAUAUGUCGAGGAGCAUGUACCGCGUGUGAACAAGUAUCGAGAACCACCGACAACCUAUCUAUACCCAAAUGUACGGCAGGAAGCUCAGGGACGAUUCCAGCGUUCAUCUAGCCGAGAAGAAGAUCAGAGUUUGCGAGGAUCAGUCAAUUCUCGCGAGGAAGAGGUUAAACCGAUUAUCACAAAACCAACACCUCUGCAAAAUCGGUUUCGAGAGGCCUUUGGCAAUGAAGAUUUUAUGCUGGAAGAUCGUAAGAAAAAGAUUACUAUUGAUGAUACACGUCACGAUGCAGAGGAUGACCGAAGGAGAAAUCGACAUCAUGAGGCCGAUCGGGGAGAGAAUUACAUGUACAAGAAGUCAAACGGACCAGGAAAAUAUUACGACGGGUAUGAGAACGAUAAAGUUCGGUAUCGAGAAAAUCUGACUGAUCGUCAGAAGUAUCACGAGAUUAUUUCCGAGUCGUCGAAGUAUCAAGACGAAUCUCCUAAACACAGAGGAAUGCGGGAUGGCUAUAGGGAAUACUCACCAGAACGAGUGCAUAGAAACAAAUACUCAACGUCCUAUGAUGAUCACCGAGAUUUCAAGAUUGAACGUGACUAUCGAGAUCCAGUUAAACCGCCUUCCAAGAGAGAACCACCAUAUAUUCGUGAUGAAAGUCCUGAUGAUCGAUAUAGAGCUGAUUUUAACGAGCGUCGAGCGUACAAAGAAAGUGAGCCAAUGGUGUAUAGAGAUUCGUCCGAUAAGAAUGGAAAAGCUCCUUUGACGCGCUUCAAAUCCUCAGAAGAACCUAAACAUAGUCGUGACAGGUAUGAUGAUCGCUGGGAACGGCAACCCAUGUAUCCUGAAGAUCGGUCAUCGGAGGAUAAGUACAGAGAUGUAUCGUCUCGUUAUCGGGAUGAUAUAAGAAAAUCUCCAGUCAUGAAGAAAAUUGAAGCUCGCGCGAAAAUGGUUGAAAUAAAAACAAGUUCCCCUGAAUCAACAAUACGUAAGGUUUCCCCGAAGGAUAGGUUCCAAAAUGCCAAGGAAAAGUUCCAACAGAUGGAACGUGAACGUCACGAGGAGGAGCGUAUCGAAAGAGAGCGGCAGGAACGCGAACAGAUUAUUCAUAACAAACGCGCGUCCGAAGCUCCACGAAGGAGUUCCAUCGAACCGGUUGUCGUCAGUUCGCAUGAGAGUAACGGGUGGAGUUCCGAAGAAGAUGAAGAAGAAGAAGAUAUUCGUUCCCGAGGACCUCCACGUUCUGCCAACAGUGCUGGAUAUCGUGAGACGGAGACAACUGAGCGUUACCCUGGUCUUGAUCGUGAACCACGAAUGCCUUCAUCGCGAAUGAUGCCAGCCAAAAGCCUUGGUAAUCUGACCAAAGGCUAUCGCCAUAGUUAUGCCGAGCCACGACCUCCACCGGUUCCAAGGAGCAGUGGCCGUGUAGGACUUGCGGCAGUAAAACCGUAUUGAUUGAAUUAUUUUGCUUCUUGUGCAUAGGCAAUGUGUUGCUUCUUUGUUGUAUGCGGCGGUUGUAAUAUAUACUAACGUACAUAAAUCAAACAAAUAUACCCAAAAUUCGGUCCUGACACGGCCUACACCCUUUAGCAGAAUCAAGAAUAGUUAGUUAAUCUACAGCUCAAGCUCACAUAGUAUACAGAAUACAUGUUUUGACGUGCCUUAUAGAAAUAAUCUG